UAUCGGAAAAAAUUAUGCGUUGACUUGGCGGAAUUUGGAUCGAUGAAUAUUGACGCUGUUUGCGCCUCUUCACCCUGGUGCAAGGUGUGUAGGAAAUUCUUCCACAAAGACACUGACAAAGACUGCCCUUCGAAAGAUAAGAAACGCCCCUCCAAGGGCAAGGAUAACAAGGAGGAUAAGGGAAAGGAGGAGAAGGAAAAGGAGCAUGAAGGGAAGAAGGGGAAAGAGAAGGAAAAAGAGACGGAAAAGGGGAAUGAGAAGGAGAAGGAGAAGGAAGAAGAAAAGGGAAAGGGUGGCAGCGAGGAUGAGGCGGUGACGGUAAUGGGAAAAGGGGACAAGGGAAAGGAUGGGAAGGAAGUGGACAAAGGGGAUAAAAUACAGGAAAAGGAUAAGGAAGAAGAAAGGAGGGCCUCGGAGGAUAAGGAGAUGAAGGAUAAGGAAGAAAAGGCCGAUGGGGAUAGAGGAGGGGAAAAGGAGGCCCUGGGAAAGUUGAAGGGGCACAAAGAUAUAAAGGGCAGAAAGAAGAGCCUAUGGAGAGAAAAGCGUCGUAUGGCAGAAGGGAAGAAGGAUGUCCCCCCCCCGGGGGGGGAAAGAGGAGUGGAGGAAAAAGGACAAGGGGAGAACAUACAAAUGGAAGUGGAGCCAGUACAGAUUGAACUGAAAAUUAAUCCGUCCCAGGUGCAACUGAUUGACAAUAAUGCCAAGGUCCCAGCACCAGAGGACACAGUUGUUGUUGCUGCUGCUGCAGAGCUAUUGGCUAAAGCAGCCGAAGCCUUUGCCGCUGCUGCAGCAGCUGCUGCUCCCAAUCCAUCAAACAGGUCCAAAACCCGGACAGGGAAACUGAAAUUCCCUAAUUCGGACGCCCCCCCCCCUCUGGAUUCCUCCACCCCAUAUGUGCUUGGAGAUAUUCAGAAAAGGACAAGUGGGAACAAGAACCAAAAGGUUCAACAUUCCCCAGUUCUUAACCAACCUCCGGUGACACCCCCCUCGGGGAGUGUUGCUCUCACUGUCGAUGGCACAGUCCAAGACUCAGCAAUUUGCGUGAUGGGGGAAAACGCCCUCCGCCUUUCCAAAAAAUCGGAAGAAGUAGUGGAUGAUCAGGGGUCUGCCCAGGACAUGCUGGAAUUCAUGGUCCCUGGACUGUUCCAAGAAGGAAUAGUCCACUUCGAUCCAGCAGAAGAUUCGGGGAUAGUUUUUAUGCUAAACCCGAAUAAAAGAGCAAAAUCCAACGAUAGCAUCCCCAUUCCGACGAUGGAAGAACAAGCGAUGGGCGACCCCAGGGAGAUGCCCGCAAUCUUAGCGGUCCCAGUCAUAAAAAGGAAACCUUCCACAAGGAAAGCUAAGAAAACGCUAAUUCAGGGCCCCCCCAUGUUUACUUUGGGUAAAGGUGACAAAUCUGCAAGUCCUAGCUUGGAAAUUUUCGUUCCGCUGAUUUGUUCAGAUACUCCCCAGGGUGUAAUGGCCCUUACCAUGAUUGCCCAGGAUGAGUCUUUAUCCCUUCCUUCUAUUACUGUUCAGUCUGCCUUGUCGGACGAACUCCUCAUCAAAAUGGCAUCAGAGCAAGUACUAUUCAACGAAGGAUCCUGUGUACUCCUGCAGAAGCCAAGGAUGGGGAGGUACUUAGCGGUGCUGCCAGACAACAGCAAGGUGUUAGUGCACUUAGCGUUUAUGAGCCUCACCUGGCUGUCUGAUGAGUAUGAGGGCUGGACAAAACCGAAGACUCAAUGACACCCCCUGAUGGAUUUUAUUACUAGGAAAACGGACUCGUUGGAGAAAAUUCGGGUGGGGUCAAAGCUAUCUGCCCUGGUCAUUGCAGACUGGAUUUCCAGUGUCGAGGCCAUUGACAUACUCAUAAGCAAUAAAUUUUCGAGCACGGU